CCGUAUGCUUUGCCAUACGCACAGCUGGGAGGACUGCCCACUCGACACCCCGAGCUUCCAAUUCUUGUCAUGUUCCUUGCCACCUACUGCACCGCAUGGCUCUACAGUCUUUACAUCGUAGUACGAUGCUACCAAAGGAGCUGCAACAACAGAAUUGCAGUUGUUCUGUUACUCGCUUGCGGCGAGCGCAUCACCGCAUAUAUUAUGCGGAUAGUUUGGAUCUUCCGAAUCAGCGACAUCCGCAUUGGUAUCGCUUCGCAAAUCCUGCUACAAGCUGGAGUUAUAUUAGUAUAUGUUGGUGCCUUGCUAUCAGCUGCAUCGUUGUUAAGGGUGCACGUCAAAUGCUUACCUUGGCUCACGCCGUUCCUUAUUACGCUGUCAAUCGUAACAAUUAUCUCGUUCGUGGCAAAUCUGGUGUCUACGAUUGUGUCAGUUCAUACGCUGCAGGACCACGUGCGACAAACCUGCCGAGAUGUUCAGCGCGUCGCAGCCACAUAUCUGGUUUUCCUUACGUUCAUAUCAGUAUUGAUGCUCGUGGUCGUCUUUCAUGUCCUCUGGACACGCCAAAAGAUCUCGAGAAUAUCGGAAGCAAAGACAGCUGGCUUUAUCUUUUCAUUCGUGUCAAUUGUAUGCUUGCUUAUGGCUAGCUUCAAGGCUGGGGUGAUCUGGAAGAAUCCGUCGCCGUUGUUCAGCCCCGCUUGGUACCUUUCCCUUUCCAGCUUGUACAGCUUUGAGCUAGGGCCGGAGUUGUUGGUGACUCUUAUACUCCUUGGAACGAGUGCACGCGUUGGUGCUCAAAUGAGGAAUGCUGCGGUUAUCCAUUGA